AGUGAUAGGAGGACUUCCCUCUGGCCAAUAAUUCAUUCCUUUUUGGAAACACUUAAAGGAAUACACCGCAGCCUGCUCAGACAUGUCUACCGCGUACAGAAACAGAAUACAGGAAUUCAAAGUAACCUUGAGUGAAGAAAACAUAAACUUGAAGACACUGAGGGAGCUGUGCUUCAAUGGAAUCCCGUUUGAAGGAGGCAUACGAGCGCUCUGCUGGAAAAUCCUUCUUAAUUAUCUACCUCUCGAUCAGACAUUAUGGGAGUCUUUCCUCAAAAAGCAGAGGGAGGUGUACUCUCAGUUUCUAAAGGAAAUGAUCAUCCAGCCCGGUAUCGCCAAAGCCAACUUGGGCCUUUCCAGAGAAGACGUGACUAUGGAGGAUCAUCCUCUAAAUCCAAACCCAGACAGCAGGUGGAAUACCUACUUCAAAGAUAAUGAAAUUCUACUACAAAUUGACAAGGAUGUAAGGCGGCUGUACCCGGACAUGGCGUUCUUUCAGCGUCCCACAGAAUACCCCUGCCAACUCAUCUUGGAUCCUCAGAAUGAUUAUGAAACGUUGCGCAGACGAGUCGAACAAACCACCCUGAAAGCACAAACUGUAAACCGCAACCGAAGUGGAGUCACCAAUGUCAGCUCCCCUGGAAAGGCGUUGAACCUGUAUCCAUCUAACGAAUAUGAGGUUCUGCCUAAUGGGAGUGAAGCACACUGGGAGGUGGUGGAGCGAAUCCUUUUCAUCUAUGCCAAACUCAACCCUGGGAUUGCCUACGUACAGGGCAUGAAUGAGAUCGUCGGGCCAAUUUACUAUACCUUCGCCACGGACCCCAACAGCCAGUGGAAAGAGCACGCUGAGGCAGACACGUUCUUCUGUUUCACCAACCUGAUGUCGGAGAACAGAGACAACUUCAUCAAGAGCCUGGACGACUCUCAGUGCGGCAUCACCUACAAGAUGGAGAGUGUGUACUCCAUGCUCAAAGACAAGGACCUGGAGCUCUUUCUCAAGCUGGAAGAGCAGAACAUCAAACCGCAGUAUUUCACAUUCCGCUGGCUGACCUUGUUGUUAUCUCAGGAGUUCCUCCUGCCAGACGUCAUCCGCAUCUGGGACACCCUGUUUUCUGACCAGGAUAGGUUCCACUUCCUUAUCCUGGUCUGCUGCGCCAUGCUAAUACUCAUCCGGGACAACUUGCUGGCGGGAGACUUCACAGUGAACAUGAGGUUACUGCAGGAUUACCCCAUCUCAGAUGUCCACACCAUCCUGACCAAGGCCAAAGACCUGCAGGAUAACUCCUAACCUGUCUGCUCUUGUCCUCCUGCCCUGUCUGCUCAGAUGUGGUAGGUGAGAGUUUAAACAUUACAAAACAUUGUCAUGUCAAACAUGUACUGUGGAAGGACUUGAUCAAUGAAGAGCUUGGACAAAUGUGUUGGGAAAAGCCAGCAAACUGCUUUUUAACUGGACGCCUGAUGACUGGUCUGUGGGGACUACCGUGAAACCUUUGAGGACAUGCUCAAACUAUUCCUUUCUUGAAGUGAGGAGGGGAUGCCACUUGCUUCUGAAUGCAUUAUGGGAAAAGGCUACCAGGGUGGUCCUCCUCUCACAGCCAUCUCUCCCAUAGAGACUUUUUGUGCUCAGAUCAGGAUGAUUGCACUCAACGUGUGAGGGAGAGGGAGCCACGUUAGUCUGACACUACACAUUAUAGUUUGUCAUGAAAAAGAAAUGUUUAACAGUUGAGGCAAGAAUUCCCAUUGCGACCUUGGACAUCGUCAGAUCCAACAAAUGUUUCAUUGGGUUGAGCAAUAGUGCAUGUUUGGUCUUUAAGGGUUUUUUGUUUUUUUAACUUUUUGACGUUUUUAAUGUAAGAAACAUGUAUGCCUUAUUUGUUUAUUAAUGAUGUGAAGCAGGAGACAGUAUUCCUGGGUACAUUUUCUGUCUGGAUGGAAUUAAUCUGAGGGGAUGGCCCUGACCUACUGAACACUUAAAUAGACACUCUCUGAAAAUCAUUAUUUCUUAAGCAUUAUGUCUCAGAGAUGCCUUUAGCCCCAUUGGAAAUGUAAUGAAAUGAAAGAAAGUACUGUUGAAAGAACCAUCAGAGGAACCUGUGGUGCUUUUCACACUGAUCAUUAUUGGCUGAGCUUUUUGUCCAGCCUGUAUCUCUACAGUAACUUCAGUACAAAACUAUAUCCUUUGGUAAAUCAGUCAUUGUGAUUGGCUAGAGGCUGUACACUUUUUUUAUAUAAUACCUGCAAAGAUGGGACCUAGUGACCUACCCUGUAAGUCACAAGUUAGGGUUCUCUCAUACCUGGAUUGUUUGCAACAGUUUUUCCAAAACAGGGAGCAGGAUUUUAUGAUAGGAGAUGUGAUUUUAGCAGGAUUUUAAUAGCUGAACCAAUAAUAAAUCCAUAUACAGAUCGUGAAAUCUCUCCACACUCUCAUGCUUGAGCAUUAUAAAGGCCAGCUCUGCAACUACGGGCACGUGCAGCAGCACAGGUGCGCUUUUACAUUAUUAUUAGUUAUUAAAACAGUCACACAUUAAAACAGUUACCACUGCUGAAUGAAGUUUUUCAAUACUUAUUAAAACAUACCUGCAGCAAUGAUCAUCAGUAUCACUGCAGAACUGGCUCAGAGCCCGUCACAGAAUGACCUGAUUAACAGUCUCUCAGCAGUUGAUGCAGACGUGUGUCUCCAUAGAACCUCCAGCAGAUGCUGAAAAAUGCCUGUUUAUGGUUCUUCUGUAGUGGAACAUUUAUGCAGAGUUUAUAAAGUUUUUUUUAUUUUUCUUCUUUAAUGUGUGAGCAGAACAACGAAGCAAUUACUACAGCGACCCUGAUAACGUGAUCGAUUUGCAGUCUAUUAAUAGCCGCCUAAUAAUGCUUACAAUCAGUUUAAUCAUUUCUCUGUGAGCUCUUUGUGACACCAAAGAACAUAAAUAUGAACUCUCUAUAAGUAUCAAAGUGCUGCAUGAACUUCUGUCAGUCAGCUGAGUUUGAAUUCCCUAUUGGGGUCCAGAUGAUGCUCUGAUCAUGCAGGAAGACAAACGCCGAAACUGUCUAAUCACUGAGUUACCUGUCAGUCAGUAUAGAACCUCAUGUUUACUCCUCUUGGUUGGUUUGUAAAAAGUCUGUGUGAAAUUGAACUAAACCAGAACAAAAAUGCAACAACGUAUACAUUUUUUCUUUCCUGGUCCGGAUCAAAUGAAUCAAACUACAAGUGUGAAAGCAGCAUGUCAUAAACUUUAAAGUUUCGAGUCCUAAACAAGUUGUAAUGCACUCUUCACCAAUCAUAAUGCAAUUUUAACAACAGAAUAAUAAUAUAUUUAAUAUACAAAAAUAUGAAUACUUUUUAGAAUGUGUACGUAUUUGUUAAAACCAUUUUUUAGAAGUUCUUGUGUUUCUGUAAUUUUCAACUCUGCGACUAGUUUUUCGUUAAACUCUGUUUCCUUUUUGUACCCAAACAAAAUCAUUGUUGGUACCGUAUUCUCAACUGCUGCUCAGUAACAUACCAUUACUAAAUCUUCCUGCUGUCUGAGUGGUUCAAACAAAAUAAAUCACUAGGGGAAUUAAGUGUUGACUUGCUGGAAAUGAACAGUGUUAAUGUUAGUUGAUUCUGGAAAUAAAGGGAAAUAAAUUGGUUUAUGACACAUUUUAAAUAACACACUUUUAAUAAUUCUUUGGGCUUGGUGGAACAUAUCAAGUAUUAUCUAUUCAAAAGGCUGCAGUCCAAAUGAAGUCAUGAGUCACUGAUGUUUAUGUCUAAGUUAAUUUGCAAGUCUUUGUCAAGUCAAAUCGAAAGUCAUCAAAAUUGUGACUAGAAUCUGACUCAAGUCCAAGUCAUGUGACUUGAGUCCACACCUCUUCACCAUAGUUGGAAGGUUGCUGUUGUCUGCUGUUAGUAGCCUGCAGUAAUUAGCCAGGAUAUUGUUUGAAAUGUACCAUUAUAAGUGCAGUGCCAUUCAGUACCAAUGUGUCAACAAAUUCUAGUGCUUUUAGUAAUAAAAAUAUGAUGAAAAAAAUAAUCUUAAACAAAAACACAAGCAGCUGACUCAGGACUAUGCCCUAAAAAAAGUCUUGAGUUUGAUUUAAUUGGAAUUGUGUGAUAAAAGAAUACGUUUAAAAAGAUUCUGACCAGACUUCCAGUGCUCACAGUUGAAACCUGAAAGAUUUCAUUUUAAUUCAAUUAUUAAAAUCUUAACACCUCAAAAACAGCCACUCGAGUGGAAAUGCCUUUUUUUCUUGCAUUAUGUCACGAUAUUUGCUUGCGUAUUGAGGGCUAGCUUAUGUUCACAUAAUUGCAUAACUGAGACAGAGAAGCUCCACUAUUUUACAUAAUUAAUACUCAUUUGAUGUGACAUUAGCUACAAAUAGAUAGUUAACAUUAAACCAGCUAUAACAGCCAGCAUUUCUUGGGAUAUUUUGGAUAUAAGUAAGAAAAAUGACUGUUGACUAAAGCGGCACAUGGACUGGUAUAUGUUCUAGUAUGCUUGCUUCAGCAAAAUGCACAGUGAAGAAAAGAAAAUGUCUUAUUUUAAGGCUUUUAGGUCCAGCUGCUGUAAUGGUCAACUCUCUUAUAAAAAAAGUAUGAAAAUCCCAAUCGUUGCUGAUGCUUUUCCUGUAAUCUCCCCUUAAAACAGUUAAGUGACAAGCAAAAUGAAGUGCAUGACUGAACUACUAACUAAAACUAAAUUGCAACUAAAUUGCAGCUGUUGUUCUAAACUUGUGUUUCUCACUGGAAACAGGCCUACAGUUGAUUGUUCUUUAAGUAAGUAAAAGCCUUGUUAACUGUGAGUUAAUAGCUAAACUCCUCCAAGGUUAAUGGUGCAGGUUAACCUUUGGUUAAGCCUCAUAAUGUUCAGUGUGAACACCAGCACAGUGAUUCCCCUUUUUUAUAACAUGUUGUGUGCACAUACUAUAUAAUCUAUGUGACACUUGGGUCAUGGCUUUAUAAGUCUACAUUAUAAUUUGAAUGUAAAUGUGUAUCUGCUAAGUGAAAUCUGCCAUUGUUGUAAUAUCCAGUCAGUCACGUGCAUGUAACAGGUAUACAAAGUUAACCCUGUGAAACCUGAGCAAAUGAUUAAAUUCUUUCAAAAACAUGGAAAGAAUGCAAUAAGCAACAAAAG